CUCCCACUCUCAGAUAACUGUGCUCCGUUUGGCAACAACUGCCAAGGAAGAAGGACACCUGCAGGGCCUUUGCCCUUAUAGGAGACUCCAGACUGAGGGGACAGAACAGCAAGGACACAGAAGAGCAGUGGGCUCGCGACAUUUGACAAGCUUCUGUACAUAUUUCGUUACGUUGGAACGAAAGGAUGAGAGUGACAGGUUUGCUGCGAAUCCUGGCCGUGCUGUUCACCUUGGCAACAACUUGGCUUUUUGUCAACACCUAUUUCAACCACACUGGCAUGAAAUCCAUCAGCUUGAGGAGCUGGUUGGGUAGCGGAGUGAAGCCAACCAAAAAGCACAUUGUCCGGCAUAAAUGCGGCAACCAAAGACCCUGCCCCAGCCAUAGUUUUGCCUUCAGAAUCACUAGCGGCGCAGCCAAUGUGGUCGGACCUUCCAUGUGCUUCGACAAUGUUAAGGUGUUAAGCAGCAUAAAAAAUAACGUUGGUCGGGGUAUAAACAUUGCGCUUGUCAAUGGAAGCAGUGGACAGCUUCUCAAGACGGCCGCCUUUGACAUGUAUUCUGGAGAUGUCAAGCAUCUCUUGGAUUUCCUGAAAGCAAUUAGCGCAGGUACCAUCGUGCUCGUAGCUUCCUAUGAUGACCCAGCAACAAAGCUGAACGAUGAAGCACGGAAGUUGUUUGCUGAACUGGGAAGCAGCCACGCGACAAAGCUGGGGUUUCGAGACAACUGGGUGUUUCUUGGAGGGAAGGGGCUCAAAAACAAAAGCCCCUUUGAGCAGCACCUAAAAAAUGAUAAGGAGACAAACAAGUAUGACGGCUGGCCUGAGCUUCUGGAAAUGGAGGGCUGUGUACCUAAGAAGAUGGAAUGACAAUGAGCUAAAUUCAGAACAGCUACCGGUGGCCCCCAGCUGACAGACUUUUCACUUUGCCUCAGAUAUGGUGGAACCAAUUCGAACAGACUCAACCCUCUGCCCUGUGGGGUUUUGAACACAGAGUGCUUCAUUUCAGUGCAGGGCCAGCAGGAUUUCAGUGCACUGUUGCGUUGUAUUAAUAAUAGAUUCUACAGAGGUGAAGAAGUGGAUCUGUGAAAGGUAUUCAGCAAUCGGUUUAUGUAAUGCCUUUGGAAUCAGGUGGGAAGCCAGGACCCUCAAACAGCAACAGCAAACAGCUUUAGAAGAGUUGUUUGAACUGAAGACACACAUAAUAUUUACACACAAGUAUGUAUAUUUAUAGAGAGAGAGUCCUCUGCACUGUGGAUAUGCUGUGAGGCCUGUUUUUAUAUUAAGUUCUACCUCUAGGGUUGCCAUAUUCCUAAAAGUGAAAAUCCUGGCAAAGUCGUUGAGCCUUUUUAUUGAGGGGGGCACAGCUGUUGAGCUUUUGGGGGGAACAUAUUCCCCCCAAAAAUAAAGUUUUGGGGCUUUUUUGGAUCUUUAAAGCAUUAAAAAAAGACUUGCCAUAUAUUCGGCUUUCCCCAGACGUUUUGCAAAUUCAAAACUUGGACAUAUGUCAGCCCUAUCUGCCUCUACCAUAGCAGCAAAUCAAAAGUUGGAUAGGUCUGUCAAUGCAUGGUGCCUGAAAGCAGCACCCAUGGGCAGCUGUCAGGGCCCUUAGCUCACUGGCAGGGCUUCUCACUAAUGCCUGUCCCUAGUCCCCCUUUUAAAACGGCUAAUCCAGUCAGUGUCAGGUGGCGGCCAUUUUGUUUUCCCAUAGCGCCCCAACGCAGCACAACGCCAGGGGCAGUGUGGGAUAUGGAAUUGGCAGUUGCACACCAAGGAGCCGAGUGCAACCGCUGCUGCCACCGCCCAUGGCCAGGUGAACCUUAAAAGGCACUUGGCUGAGGACUCCCUCAAACAUGGAUCUUUUGCCAGUCGCUGUUGCUGCCGCUGCUGCCAUCAUUUCUUUGGCUCAGAAACAAAGCACACACAACCCACACACAACUGCAUGGUCGCGCAGCUUCCACCACAGCCCCCUGGGCAUAGGUUCCUUUGUUUCAAAGCCAGGGGAGGAGGCAGUGAUUUAUUUAUUAUUUAUUUAUUGAAUAUCCCACUGUUUCUCCUUGAUGAGCCCAGGGCAGCAACAGAUGCACAAUUAUUAUUUUUUAAGGAAAAUGUUUUGAAACAAUAUUAAAACACACACAAAUUAGAGUUUUAAAACAUUCUAGAAGCAGUUGUGAUUAAAGACAUAUUUCCACCCAAGUUGUCAGGAAGAGUGUUCUUCAGACACCCAACUCCUGAGCAAACAGGAGUUUCAAAUUCAAGUUAAUAGUGAUGAAAACAGGUGUACCUCACUAGCGAGGGCAUUCCACAACCGGGGAGCCACCACCAAAAGGGCCCUGCCAUGGGUCAGUGCCAACCAGGCAGCCUCCAAUGGCAGCACAACCAACAAGUCCUCAGUGAUACCAGGGUUGUGUCCAAUGUGAGUCCCACUCAAGCAGGUCCAAUGAAAUUAAUGUACCGGUACAUGAUUAACUUAGGUCUAUUAAUCUCAGUGAAUCUACUCUGAAGGUAGGACUUGUAUUAGAUACAAUACUGUGUGGGUAAGUGAGCAGGGAAGGGAGAAGGCUGUCUUAUCAGCAUUUGGUUCCCUGAUAGGCCAUAUUGACAGAUAUUAUAUAAAAAUGGGGAUCUGAGAAGACUGAGCUCUCUGUAUGGUAUGUGUGUCUUCAGUCUUCAUGUAGUUCUUUCAUUAUACGGUUAAAUCACUCCAAUUUUGGGGUUGUUGCUUAACAACAAAAAUACAUCCUUUUUAUAAUUUUAGUUUUUCUUGUGUUUAGUGUUGCUAUGAAAUGUUUGUUCUGUUAUACCCCUUUCAUAAAAUCCUUCAUUUGUUUGUCUAUGUUUA